ACCGGCGUCGUUUUGUUAUGUACCUUAUAAUGUGAUUUUAAUAAAAUAACACUAUUUUUCCUAAUAUACCAACUAGAGCUUUUCCCGAAUUUUCUGCUAUACUCACUUGAGGUUUUUUUGAAUUUGGUGCUUGAAGUGCUUAUAAUUUCAUAGAAGUGUUCGUUGAAAUUAAAACCAGACUUUGAAAUACCCGAGUGGGCAGACCUUUACUAAUAAAGUUAUUUCCAUUAAUAACAUAUUUAAUUAAGUUAUGGAUGAAGAACCAGAGAGAACAAAACGCUGGGAAGGGGGAUACGAACGAACAUGGGAGGUUCUGAAGGAGGAUGAGUCUGGAUCUCUGAAAGCUACGGUAGAUGACAUUCUUUUCCAGGCAAAGAGGAAAAGAGUGUUUGAAAGUCAUGGACAAGUUCGACUUGGGAUGAUGCGCCACCUUUUUGUGGUUGUUGACACAUCUAGAACAAUGGAAGAUCAAGACUUAAAGCCCAACAGGCUGACCUCCACCUUGAAGCUGAUGGAGUAUUUUGUGGAUGAAUACUUUGACCAGAACCCAAUCAGUCAGAUAGGAAUCAUUACUACCAAGAACAAGAGGGCAGAUAAACUGACAGAUCUUGCAGGGAAUCCUAAGAAGCAUAUAGCAGCUCUUAAGAAAGCUGUGGACUCAACAUGCAUAGGAGAGCCAUCUCUUUACAACUCUCUCCUCAUGGCAAUGCAGACUCUGAAACACAUGCCUGCUCAUACCAGCAAAGAGAUUCUGAUCGUUUUCAGCAGUUUGACCACUUGUGACCCAGCCAACAUCUAUGAACUUAUCAAAACCAUUAAAGGUUUGAAAAUCAGAGUGUCUGUGAUCGGACUGUCGGCAGAGGUUCGAGUGUGCACCAUUCUCACAAGAGAAACAGGAGGAAGCUACAAUGUGAUACUGGAUGAAGGUCAUUUUAAAGAGCUACUGAUGUUGCAUGUGAAACCACCUCCUGCCAGCUCCUCCUCCGAGUGCUCCCUCAUUCGCAUGGGAUUCCCCCAGCACGUCAUAGCCUCCAUGUCAGAUCAGGAUGCCAAACCCUCUUUCAGCAUGUCGCACCUUGAAAGCACGUCUGGAGGGCCAGAACUCACUCUCGGAGGAUAUUACUGUCCACAGUGCAGAGCCAAAUAUACUGAGCUUCCGGUGGAAUGCAAAGUGUGUGGUCUGACAUUGGUUUCUGCUCCUCACCUGGCCCGUUCCUUCCACCAUCUCUUCCCUCUGGAUGCCUUCCAGGAGACCCUGCUUGAGGAGUACGAGGGAGAGAAGUUCUGUGAGGCUUGCCAAGGAGAGUUGAAAGACAAAAGAAUAUUUACUUGUCCGGCGUGUAAGAAAGUGUUCUGCGUAGAGUGUGAUCUCUUUAUACAUGACACACUGCACUGCUGUCCCGGCUGCAUGCACACUGAUGGGACGUCCUGAAGCAGGAUAGCCUGAAUCUUAUGAACUUAUUCAGGGCUAAUAAGUAGGAUGUCAUCAGUCACAGAUUUAGAUUCUUAUUGGCUCAGUUGGAGGAUAAAAGCCAGUUCUUUGGAGUUUGUGGCUGAAUCAUAAUUGUGCUGUAAUUGUAUGAAAGGACUCCCCCUAUGGGAGGAAAAAAGUGUUUGACCAAAACCGUAAGGCCAAGGAAUAAUUUUCCUGAAAAACAUUUUCUAUGCUCUUUCUUUUUUAGGCGUGUCUUUGGCAGAUUUGCGCUAAAACCACUGAGAUGUUAUAUAAACUAUACAGAUGUUGUUAUUUUUGUAAUUGCAUAUGACAAGAUGUUAAU